AGAGAGAGAGAGAGAGAGAGAGAGAGAGAGAGAGAGAGUGACAGACAGAGAGAGAGUGGAGCGGGACACAAGAGUGACCACCAGGGUGACCAAAAGACACAAAAAGGAAGAAGAGCUACUGAAGUGACUGCUUUCUAUACACAGCAGAUGGUCACCGGAGGGAAGUUUCAAACUGGAACAGGAAGAACAUAAAACCGGUUUGGAAAAGAAAACGCAGAGAGAAAGAGAGACAGCGAGGUGGUGUCGCCGCCUGCACUCACACCCUCGGGGUCUUGAGAGACUGCGGCAGGAAGGGGCAGCCCAGACAGGCAUGGGACAUCCUGAGCCGUGAGCCCUUCAGCUGAGCACAGUGGACUGGACAGCAGAGGCAGGCGAGGUGGGCGGGAGGAGAGAUGUCUGCAGGGUCCCGUAUGAAGAGACUGGAGGAGGUGGUCCUGCGAGAUGGCAGUCCAGUAAACCUGGAGACCCUGCUGGACCUGCUGGUGUGCGUCUUUGAGGAGAUCCGCAACUUCCAUCUUGGCCAGGAGAGGCAUGCCAGCACCUUCCUGCAGUGGGCUGAACCCCUGGUGCGUCAGGUGAAGGAGACGAGACUCCAAAGAGAUGACUUUGACAUUCUCAAGGUCAUCGGACGUGGGACCUUCAGUGAGGUGGCAGUGGCAAAGAUGAGGAGGACCGAUCAGGUGUAUGCCAUGAAGAUCAUGAACAAGUGGGACAUGGUCAAGAGGGGAGAGGUUGCCUGCUUUCGAGAGGAGCGAGAUGUGCUCGUCCGUGGAGACCGACGCUGGAUCACCAAGCUUCACUUUGCUUUCCAGGAUGACAACUAUUUGUAUUUGGUGAUGGAUUACUACAGCGGCGGAGACCUUCUUACCCUCCUCAGUAAGUUUGGCGACCGCAUUCCCGAAGAGAUGUGCCAGUUCUACUUGGCAGAGAUGGUGAUGGCCAUCCAUUCUGUCCACCAGUUGGGAUACGUGCACAGAGACAUCAAACCAGACAACAUUCUACUGGACGUCCAUGGACAUGUGCGUCUGGGGGACUUUGGCUCUUGCCUAAAACUCAGGGAGGACGGAAUGGUGCGCUCUUCGAUUGCAGUGGGAACCCCAGACUACCUUUCCCCUGAAAUCCUACAGGCCGUGGAGGACAGCAGCCAGUGCUACGGUCCUGAGUGUGACUGGUGGUCAAUGGGCAUCUGCUCCUUCGAGAUGUUCUUUGGUCAGGCGCCCUUUUAUGCCGACUCCAUCACGGAAACAUAUGCCAAGAUCAUCAGCUUCCGGGAGCACUUUGAAUUUCCUAGGGGCUUCCCCGAAGUCUCAGAAGAGGCCCGGGACCUGAUCUCAGGGCUGAUUAGUGAACGUGAGCAGAGGAUGGGGAGGAAUGGGAUUGAAGACUUCCAGAACCAUUCCUUCUUCACUGGCAUUGACUGGGAAAAUUUGCAUCGCUGUCAGCCACCGUUUCAGCCAGAGGUGGCCAACUCCACGGAUACUUCCAACUUUGACAUUGUGGAGGACAGCCUCAGCGAACAGGAGAUCUUCUCUGAGAUGUUAGAAGAAGCACCUCUGGGGAUUCAUCUGGCGUUUGUGGGCUACUCCUACACGGCUACCAGGGACAUGGACAGCGUGGACUGCGGACAGAACCUCGUGAUUGAGAUCGACAAAGAGCUGUCCAAGGAGAAGGACCUGCUGCUGCAGGAGGCACUGAUCCAGACAUGGCCGGUUUCAGGAAGUCAGCCAGAUGGGGACUCAGAAAUGCUGGAGAGCCCAAUGCCUGUGGAGGAGAAGACUGCAGAGCCAGCCUGCUGCCCGACGCCAGUGGAGAGAAGCGAGUUGGAGCGUCGGCUGCAGGAAGCAGAAAAGCACAACAAGCAGCUGGCUGGGGAGAUCGAGCAGCUCAAGACGGAGAUGGCACACUUGAAAUCGUCGCAGGACAAAGUCACAGAGCUGAGGGUCCUGCACUCUGGCCGUUCUCUGCCUGCCUGCGGCCCGGACCUCGCCUCACAUACUUCAGUGGCACCCUCACUUUGCGACUACCCACUUGUGGUUCCCAUCCACCGGCAUCUGCUGCUUUUCUCCAGGGUGCCUCGCCCAACUGCGAAGAAUGAGGGCUACCUGCUCCUCUCGGCAGCCAGGUGGGGCUUGACUAUGAACGUGCUCAGCUGUCUGUCGGAGCUCUCCUGAGGCCCAGGACCAAAUGAACGCACACCGAUGUUCAAAUCACUACGCCUGAGGUUCACAAGAGAGACAGAGAUGUGUACUCCCCUCCAGAUCGACUAGGAGAUGGCGAUCAUGGGGAGCACAGUGAUGUACUGAACCCAGGAUGGCGACUAAAGACAAAGAGAAAGACAGAGAGAGUGAGAGAGAGACCACGGUCCACUUCAAGCUACUGAUGCGCACGAUCUGAAGAACAGUAUUUAUUUUUCAACGUAUUUAUGCUACGCAAAGCUCACAUAAAAUGCAAGCUGUGCAAUUCGUUUUUGAGAAUACACAGCACACGGAUUGUCAGGUGAAGAGGCGAUAUCGGACGACAAUCUCUGGAAGACAGAGACACACAGAAUGGGUCUUGGACAGCUGCAAAUCCAGCCUACAGCUCUGAGCUCCGAAUUGAGGAACGGUCAAAUCUUUAUGGAAUCUGCUGACAGCAGAGCGAAUACGGAUUUCUGUUUGAAAGAAUUGUAUUGGUUUGGGCGUGACUUGGACUUUUCUGUUUUUUUUUUUUAAAAUAACAUCCAAUGGACUCGAUGGCUUGUCGCCACACUAUUUAACCUCUGACACAGCACUGUUCACAACGGGAAUUUUUCCUACAUUUGCAUUUUCCCCCCCGUUACACCCUCAGUUGAAGGUUUGUAUUCCUUACUUUAAAAUUUGAGUGUUCA